CGCUCGCCGCGUUUCCCGCCAAAGGUAGCCAUUCGGUGAAUCAAGCGGAGGCGCCUUUGUAAAUAGCAGCGGCGGAUUUUUCGAUUUGGUGCGGGAGAUCAACCAGAUUACACCUGUUUUUGUGGAUACGUGCCACCGGGUGAUGGCGUUAUACCAUCGGAGCUCGGAAAAACGGCGGAUAUUCAACGAUUUUCGUCGGCAAGAAGAAGAAGUGAUCGGCAGCCUGGUCAGCCGUCUCAGCAAUCGCCCGACGAGUCCCAAAACGCAGAUGGAGCAGGAGAAGAGGAUUCGUCGCGAGAUCGCCAACAGCAACGAGCGCAGGCGCAUGCAGAGCAUCAACGCCGGUUUCCAGUCGCUGCGGACGCUUCUGCCGCACCACGACGGCGAAAAGCUCUCCAAGGCUGCGAUAUUACAGCACACUGCUGAGUACAUCUACCAGCUGGAGCAGGAGAAGACACGCCUGCUGUCACAGAACAGCCAACUGAAGCGCCUCCUCAACUGCCAGAUGAGCCAAGACAGCGAUGGCUCUUCUUCAGAUUCGCCCCUGCCUAAGCGCAAGAAAGGUGACAACAUGGAUGAUGAGGGAAUCGCUGGCAUGAGCCCACAGGACAUCGAUACAAAGGAAGACGUCCUGCGUGAGCUUGUAGACCUCAGAGGGCAGCUCGAUCGGGAGAGAAGGCUGCGAAUGAUCCUAGAGGACCAGGCACGCGGAAUGGAGUCGCAGGCCUACACUGAACGGAUUAGAGAGGCACCUGCUGCGGCACCUCAUCACAAGGUCAAAGCAGAGGAAGUCACUGACACAACACAGACUGCCGUGGUGGUGGCACAGUCUCCUCCCGAACUGGUGACACCACAGUUCUCUCCGGCACCGGCGCCUGUCGCCAUACCAGCAGGCGCUGCCAGCCCGCCGAGGGCGCACCCACAGCCGGCAGAGCCUCUGCCCAGCCCCACGGUCGAUCUGCCCCAGGACCUGAGCACACACUCCAUGCAGCCUGCAGCGCCUGCUGCGGUGACAGUGGCGCCCACCAUGGUUGUUCGGGAGGAGGCUGUUGCGCCGCCGCUUCAGUCCUCUCCAUGCACGUCGCCGUACCAUGCCAGCACGUCUCGCCAAAACUUGGAAACCAUCGUGGAGGCCAUUCGGCACCUCGAGGGGGAUCACCUGUUUCGCGACGACGAACCCCACAGCACCGCCGCCCCCGAGCGUAUGAGCACCCCCGGCGGCGACGGCAGCAUGCUGCGCAGCAGCUUAAAUGUCCUGGUGGUUCACGAGCCUGCGCUGCGUCAGCAGGUGAUCCAGUGCGGUACGGCGACGCGCCGGCCCGGGGUCAUUGUGGCCAACCACUCUUAACGGCUGUCUCUCCGUGGAGGCCAUUUUCUCCCAGGGGUGGGGGGAGCCCGGUUCACCCUCUCUCGCUCUUCUGCGCUAUUGCUUGGCCGCAACAAAAAAAGAAAAACAAAUUCGGAGGGUACACACCCACACAUAACACAAGAGGGCCACCAGUGGAGACACACAUAUACAAAAACACACACACGGACAAGGACACACAUAUACGUAUACCACACCACAGCGUUUUCAGGUGUUUGACAUUGCGCGGGCGGGGUAAGGGGACAUGCCGAGACACUUCUGAGAAAGUGCAUUCCAGGUUAUGGGGACAAAAAGAAAACUCGUGUAAAACUUUUGUCGGGCGAUGCUCUCACUGCCUCCUGGUUCGUUUUACAUAGCUUAAAUGCCAUUUUACACAACUUGUUCUUUUGCUAUCUCUGGACUGAAGCGGCAGCAAGGUUUUGUGUUUGUUCUUCUUUCCCCCCUUCUUUUUUAUUCACUCCUUACCAUUCUAACAAAACAUGCCAAAAGAGCUGUUUACGAUUAUUUAGUGGCCGGUAGUAAAUGUGGCCAUGUUAUCGUGCCAGAGUUUUGAAGUUAGCUCACUACCUCGACAUACAAAAUUUGGUUGCCCCCUGCAGGGUUUGUUCUUGUUUCAUUAUGCUGUCAUUGUUCAGUGGGAUAAGCCUGGUCUGUUAGUGUACAACUCUCGUUCAACAUUCGAGAAUGUUUUGUCAGCUAACGCGAGCGGUGUACAUAGGUUUGUAUCGAUGCUUUCCUUUUUAUUUGUUAGUUGGGUUCUGCGCUGAUUGACCCCGUAAAAGCUUCGCCAGGGUCCUUCAGCUCGUGGCAUUGGCGGAAUAAGCCGUACUGCGCUCUCAUUGUCUUCGAGAGUGCAGACUGUACCAGUGUAUACUUGGACACACAUUGUGAUUUGCGAUCUGAUGAAGGCAAGAGAGAGAGGAGGUGGGGGACAGAGAAAAAAAGAGAGGGAACAGAGCGACGAAAAGGUGACGGAGAACAGCGAUAGCAGAAGCACAGCGGAAUGGUGGAUCUUGCUUCCAUUUAGUCUGUAAUAUAUGGGGCGGGGAAGGAUUCUUGGGGGCUGUACAGUGUAAGAAAAAAUCGUGCAAGUCUAGUGCAAUGGUCUGUGGGUGGUUCCUUUGGGGAGAGAGAGAGAGAGAGGAGGAGUUUAAAUUUUUUCACUCAAAGCAGUUUUUUGCAGUAUACAAAGAAACUAUACAUGUAUAUGUAUAAAUAUAUAUUAUACGGCGCACUUACCUGUACACAUCAGAUCAUGCAAGCUGGCUGCAAGCAUGCCUCACUCAUUGUCUCAUAGGGUUAAAAAAAAGCUUGUCUGGCAACCUUUAUUACUGAGUUAUUUUUUUUUCCUGUCUGCAUCAGCACACUGAUUUGUUUUUGUGUGUGAAGUGUUCAUACGUUGGUGACAGCGACAGAGCAAAAAACAUUCUAGCAGUUGUGUUGUUUCUCUGUGCUCCUUCCUCUUGUGGCAUAUUCAUGGUUCGCACUGUGCAUAGCUCAUAACUUUAACCUCUUCCAAGGAAUAGAGAUCAGUGUAUGUCCAUUCUUCUCUCGGAAAACUUCAUGAUCGAAAUGCGUUUGUGAGAAGCUGUAUUUGUAGUGGUGUGCGUGUGCCAUCUGCCGUUAUAUUUAUGACGUCAUAUACAUUCUUUUCUUCUUUUCAAUUCAUUUUAAGUACACAUGUGGCUCUUGGAUUUUUUUUUAACCUAGUCCGCCUUUAUUAUUUUUUAAAUCUUUGUCCCCGUGUAUGAAUCUCGGCAGACGUCAUCCCUGUAAGGUAGCAUUCAUCUAGCGUUGAGCUCCAUUUCUUGAUGCAUUUGCAUUCAUUGUCACAAACACAUGCCACCCACAUGAACACGACAGUCACACUUGGACACGCCCAUCUGAACGACACGACACACCGUCAGGACGCCUCCAUUUGGUGGGGAUGGCCGUUGUGAGAGAGCCUGUGAAUUUUACGGGUAAUGCAUUUUUUUCCCUCUUUUCUUUCGUUUGUUUUCCUCGUUUACCCUUGCUUCGAAGCUGAGAUUUCUUACCUCAAUGCAAAUCUAGAGGCAGUGGUGGCUGCUUUCGAAUAGUGUUAAGACUUGAUCGGAUAAAACAGCGCUGUGUUCUUAUUAAUGUGUCAUAUCCGUGCUUACUUCGAAAGGCUUUUUUUCGUUGCGUCUUCCUGCCAUUACGUUCAUGUAGUUGCGUCGGCCCAGCAGCACUUUGGGCAGUCUUGUGUUCCGAGGUUAAUUAUUUCCACUCGCGGCAUUAAACGCUUGCAUAAGCUUCAUUCUUUAGCGUGCAUUUCGAUUUUCUUUUUUUUUUUUUGAGUGAGAGUUUGUUUUCUUUUGGCAUGUGUGAAUGUGUAGAUGCGAGAGAGAGUUAUAACCAGGUGGGUAUAACAUUCACAACAUUCACUCAUGUCACAGAUGUGUACACCCAUCCUAAUUUAUAUCUCAUGUCAACCGCUGCCACACCACAUACGGCCACUGCUCGCCAGAGCGAGUGUAGUCGUCGGUUGGUGUUAGGUCCGCGCAACGCCGGAUUCCUCUGUGCAUUGUUCAUUAUUACCACACAUAGGCAACAUUUGCAGCAUCUAAGUUGAGGUGGCGAGAGAGUGAGAGUUUUUUAUACGCGAGGGUGGAGGGCGAAGGCUUAAAAAAAAGAUUUGUAUACGCAUUUCUUUUUUUUCCCCUCUCUUUCCGUGAGUCUCUAGGACCACCUCGUUUUAAUUAAAUACCAUGUUAACGAGAGAGCUGUAGCCACCAUGCCAAGUGUUUGUUAUGGCGAAUUCCAAUUGUCAUCUUGGAGGAGCUGCUUUAUUAAGCUCAGAUUUCACGGACUGGAACACGUAGCUCUCACCUACAGAUCAUUGCCAAAGUUGUCGUAAGCAGUAAUGCGUCACACUUCGGAACUUCCAGAUACUGCCCGACGUUGCUGCAAGAGCAAUCGAUCUCUUGCAGCAUAAAAGCUUAAUGAAACAACAUGUCAAAAGUUCAAACCAACCACGAUUCGUCCAUUGGAAUUAAACAAGUUCUAUUGGCCGCAGAGCAAAAAGAAAAAGGCUUUUCCCAGAUCGAUUGGUGGAAUUCGUCAUUAGUCUACAUCCGCUCUUCUCUCCCCUCAUGUUGUUGCUUGGGUCUUCUGUCUGAGCUUUGCUCUGUGUUCUCUCUGAUUCGCCAUCUUUUCCAUCCAUUGUAAAUUCAUAGUUGACAUUUAUUUUUCGAAGUGCUUGUUUUAUCAGAUAAACGUGUUUUUUUGUACCGUCAUUUUUCUCUUUACUAUUGUGUUAAGGCAUUGGAAUUGAGAACCAUUUGUACAUAUGUUCACCGGCUCUCGUUUUUGACUUUUUUUGUUCAUUUGUUUGUUUGCUUGUCCCGUUUGCCGUCUUUUGUAUAUCUUUGUAUCGGUGCAUGUGUUACUUUUCACGUGUGCUAGUGAAGGUAUUGCUGUGAGUUUCUGUGGGAGGGCCCAUCGUUUCAAAUUUGGUUACUGUACCUUAAGAAUCGUGUGCAGAAAAUGUUAGAUCUACUUUUUAUUGUUCACCUCUGUUUGAUAUUAUAUUGGUUUUAUCGUGAAGCCCAUAACUUGUGUUCAUAGAAGGCCAACGUCCAACAUUCAACUGUGCAUUGUAGAUUCUUUUUUCUUAUGCCAUCCACGUGUGAAAAAAAAAUUGUGAACCUUUUCGUUAUAAAUUAUUUUCUUCAUUGUGUUUCUUUUAUGCUUCAUUGAUCAGUGGAAGUGUUGAGAAAAAGUUUUACAAAAGCUUGUGUUCAGCUACGUUGGGUCUGCAAAAGUCUGGGCCCCAACCAAAUGUUACGUCUCAAAUCAUGUCUCCAAGUGUCGUUCCUAGCUUUUUGUGUAAUAAAUGUUUGUCAGUACUGA